AGGCAGUAAGCAAAUACCGAGAUGCGCAAUAGAAACCAUAAGGACCCAAACGAGGAUAAGGUCCUUUUGAGCGGAGCAGUUCCUCCCCAUUCAUUUCCCAUUCUCUUCUCCAUCAGUUUCUUCAUAAUGAAUGCUUCCAAGAUGCUGCUCCUCUCUUCACCUCCCACUCCUCUCGUACACCUACAUCCCCACAAUUCUCCCGUCCUACCCAGAAAAAAUGCGUCGUACGCGCCGCUCAAGGUGUCGUGUAUGGCCAAGGAGAGCAGCGAAACCGGCAAUGGAGCCGCAGCCAAAGCAGCCAUCGUUGGCGGCCUGGUCUCGACGCCAGUUAUCGGGUGGUCUCUCUACACGCUCAAAACAACGGGCUGCGGCCUCCCGCCGGGCCCCGGGGGCUCCAUAGGUGCGCUGGAAGGUGUGAGCUACCUGGCUGUGGCUGGCAUUGUGGGUUGGUCGCUUUACACCAAGUCCAAAACCGGCUCGGGUCUGCCUAACGGGCCGUUUGGGUUACUGGGAGCCGUGGAAGGGCUAUCCUACUUGUCGUUGCUUGCGAUUGUGGUUGUGUUUGGGUUGCAAUUCUUGCAAAAUGGCUCCAUUCCUGGUCCGCUCCCCUCUGAUCAGUGCUUUGGUUGAUCUCUCUCUCUCUCUCUCUCUCUCUCUCUCUCUCUCUCUGUUCCUCAUCUCUCUCAAUUAUUUCGAUUUUGAGUCAAGACAAUGUUAGCGUACUGGGUUCUCUUCUCGUUGCCUGUGGCAUUCGUUCCACAUAGUACAGUUGUGUAAAUGUAUCGCCGUUUUCCCAUCA